GGAAGGACCAUUCCUGCACUCCCACCUUGGCCUUCCAUGUCCUAGACUCCUGUACUCACGACACCAGAGCUCAUAUCAUCAUACCAUGAACGGCGUCCAGCGGCCGAGGAGGACAGCAUCUCGCAUGUCCUUCGCGGGGCUCCUCGACUCGGACGACAGCGACUUUGAGGUUCAAGACGUGGUAAUGACCUCGGCCCCUUCACUCAACAAGCGAUCGCGCCGAGCUCUCUCCGAUAGCGACGAAGACUUCGCUAGCAGGGAAGAUAGCUCAAUACGUACUACUCCCGAAAGCGAAAAGGCAGUCGUUGUUGAUGUGCCACAUGCGAGUACAUCGCGUCUGAUAGAGGAGAAGCGCGUAAAGCUUUUCGACAGACGCAGCACCGAGCAAGCUUCCUACCUGUGCGGCUCGCAACCUUUCGUCGAUGUACCCUUGCCGCCCACAAAUGUCCGCUAUGCUGGGCGACCCCGGGCAGCAGGACCCAGCGUUGCGACAGGCAAACAGACCCGGCAAAGUACUCUCGCCAGCUUCUUUAGAGCACCACUCGCUCCUACGAAAGCUGCUUCAUCUAACACAGCUGCCAGAAAGCAACCUGUCAAGUCAGAAAGCAAACCAUCCGUAAGCUCAUUCUUUGCACCUCGGAGCAGCUUGAAGGCAAAGAAGAAGAAGUCGGCCUCUGAUGAUGAUGAGGACUAUGUGGAUCACUCUGUGUCAGCUGAUGAAGACGACAUGAAGGUUGAGAGCGACUUUGAAGCAGAGGAAGCAGAGCCCUCAGACGAGGAGAUGCUCGAAAUAUCUGGCUCUGAGGCCAGCUUCGGUGAAUCCACCGUCAAGAAGAAGGGCAAGGUGCGCGGGCCGGUAUCGGCAAGGAAGAACCCUGGUCCUGGCAAAAAAUUCGCGUCUGCCUUUCGUACCGGCCGAGAACCAAAGAAAAUCAAGCACUGCCCUGAUCUGGCACAGGCGGCUCAAGCAGCCAAAGACGCCGAGAGUAGGCAUGCUAACAAGCUCUGGCCACCAAUAUCUGACCUCAAUGACAUCUAUGCCGAUAUCGUUGAUCGUAUGCCAGAAGCUCUGCUCAAACCUCUGGCAGAGACACUAGCCGGGCAAGGGAGGGCUCUGCGCGUUGCGACGAUGUGCAGUGGUACCGAGUCGCCUUUGCUGGCACUCAAUCUCAUCUCCCGCGCUGUCGAGGCGAAGUGGGGCAUCAAGAUGGGUAUCGAGCAUGUCUUCUCAUGUGAGCUGGAACCAUUCAAGCAAGCCUACAUCGAGCGCAAUUUUAAUCCGCCUCUGCUCUUCCGAGACGUUACGGAGCUGGGCAAUGCGCGAGCGCACACGGCUUACGGAGCUCUGGUCGACGUUCCGGGAGACAUUGAUUUGCUAGUCGCCGGUACUUCUUGUGUCGACUAUUCUGGUCUCAACAAUAGCAAAAAGGCCAUCAACGAAGGAGGCGAGUCGGGACGGACAUUCUUCGGCAUGCUCAAGUGGGUCGAGCGUCAUCAGCCUGCCAUCGUGAUCCUUGAGAAUGUCAAGUCUGCGCCCUGGGAUGGCGUCUGCAAGUUCUUUGAGGAAGCAGACUACGAUUCUACCUACUCUACCAGAUUCGAUACCAAGAAUUACUAUAUACCUCAGACAAGACAGCGAGGCUAUUUUAUGGCGACCAGGAACACCAAGGCGGAUUACCCUCCCAAUUGGCUUAAUCUGGUGACGUCGCUGCAACGACCAGCCUCAUCACCCAUCGAAGCCUUUAUGCUCCCGACCAGUGACCAACGCAUCCAAAAUUCCCGAGCCAAGCUGGGACACGAGCAAGGCGGCAAGAGCCGAAGCACCAUCGAUUGGAGCAAGUGUCAAGGGCGUCACGAAGAAGCUCGAGGAUUUGAGAAGCUCGGGCAGGCUCGGCCGUUCACUGCUUGGGAGGAAGGAGGGUCAUGUGUCAUGUCGCACGGCGCUUGGAAUGAAUUCGCCCGACCUCAGCCAGAGCGCGUGCUCGACUUGAUGGACAUCACUGUCCUCAGGAACGCCGGGCGUCAGGAAGAUCCUCACUUCAAGAGCAGAGUGUGGGAGCUGAGUCAGAACGUCGACAGAAACAUCGUAGCUCCUCAGCCUGGAGUGACAGGCUGCUUGACCCCCUCUGGUAUGCCUUUCCUGACAAGCCGAGGUGGCCCUGUCACGGGACUUGAGGCUCUAUCGCUGCAAGGGCUGCCCAUUGACGAGCUUCUGCUCACUCGAGAAAGUGAUGAUCAGCUGCAGAAUCUGGCUGGAAACGCCAUGACGUCAACCGUCGUGGGCAUUUGCAUUCUUUCAGCUCUGGUCCUCGCUCGACCUGACCUCGAAGCUGAUCGUCGUGAUGCUAAGGAAGGCGCCGAUCGCCUGACCGAGUCCAACCACCGAAGGAGGCGCGAUGUUGCCAUUGCUGGCGGGGAUCAGCUGUCUGCCCAGUCGCAACCAUACAAUCUCGUCAGCCUUGACAAGGUCGACAUGUCAUAUCUCCUAUCGCGAGCUGUCGCAUCUAGCCAGCUCUGCAUCUGUGAGGGACCAGCAGAGAUCAGGCGCGAUAUCUACCGUUGCAAGCUUUGCGAUCAUACCGCCUGUGGUACUUGCAAGUCCAGACCCACACACGACUUCGAACUUGAUCAAGCUGCCAGCGAUGGACUGCGACAAUCACCUCGGGCUUUCGAAGACCACCUCAAAGGCGCUUUGCCUAUGCGUCUCACGUUGGGCGGUGCUACGGCGGACGUGGCCGAAGGUCUCCAGAAAGCUGCCGGGGAAAUCUCAGGCUUGGCUGCUAAAGGUGGACAACGUUGGCUAGAUCGAGUCACCACUGUACUCACUGGAGCGGAGUUUCGCUUCUCCCAACUCAAGAGACAGCGCGCCUGGACUGCCGAGUUCCACUCUUCUGCUGCUCGACUGGAACUGGCGCUGGACAAGAACGAUCCUCACUGGAGCGUGUAUGUCGAAGCUGACAAGUCGGAACCUGCUGGUAGCACCCUUCGUAAGCUGCUUCAGCAACCUGUCGCUAGACUUCGACUGGACCCUUCAAGUGCAUCGACAACGCUUCUCGAUGCUGGAAAGCAGUGGGAAGUCAAUGUGCCCAGUCGACUCAGCUUCAAGGCCCAGGUCACCUCGCAUGGAAAGCAGGUGGACACUUGGCAGGCUUCACUUGGUCUGCGAGGCGAGUGGGAAGGCACGAAGCAGUACUCGCAAAUCAAAGUGGAAGUGCGCGGCAAUGCCGCUGAGGAGAGUUUAGGAGAGGACUUCAUCUCUGGCAACUAUGAGCUUCUGUCGGAGUGCGGUCAAGCCAAUGCGUCUCUGCACAAGCGUCAAGGCGAUGCUGUCUCGUCGCAGCUGUACCUCUUCAUCGAUGCAGCCCGUUACGGAUCUGCGAAGGAAGACUCCUACGUCUUCUCACGGGAGCUGGGAAUGCUGCCAUACCCGGCCGAGCGCAAGAUUGUCGCCAAUUUCAAGGCUGGUUGGAAGCCUAGCGCUGCUCCUCGUGACCCGACUGCAGGUGAUGAGGAGCAUACCCCUGAGGAGUUCGAACAGGCAAUGGCAAAGUAUAAGCAGAAGAUGCAGGACCAAGCUGAGAAGGGCGAGCUCGUCGAUGGAAGCGUUUGCGGCAAGUGGGUUACGCUCGAGUCACUUCGCCUCGAACCGUUUAGCGUGUCAAGGGGUGGUGAAGACAGCAGAAUCUCUGUCCCCACCUCUCCUGUCGCUCUCGAUCUCAACAAGACUGGAUGCGAAGAAGCUCUCUCUGUGCUGUACUGUUCCGCUCCGCUCACUGCUCACGCCGAUGACGCUGUCUGGCCUUCCAGAACCGACGCCUGGACAGAAGUCGACCUCGAACACCACUCGACCAAAACUUUUGCAAUGCUCUCCUGGCUGAUGGAGAGAGUGCCUGAAGUGUCGGCCUGGGACGAUUGGAUGAAGGCCUCUUACGACGCCCAACAUUCUUCCUGCGCUAUUUGUGCUCCUUCACCUCCUUCGAUCCAAUGGCUCAAGCGCGGAAACAAGCCCCCCAUACCCAUUGAAAAUGAACGGGAGGCGGGCCCUUACGAGCAAGCUCUGAAGAAUCGGCCUUUCCCAUUCUUGCUCCAGUUGAGGACGGAGGCGCAGAAAGGUAUUGCAAGGGUUCGGAUAGCAGUCAACGCCUCUACCUUGAUGCACCGAGCGCUUUCUCGUCUGCCUUGCCGCAACAAAGAUGCCGAUCUGCCGUGUCUUGACUGGCGCCUUACUCGCGUCAAUCCCACCCUCACCCAAUUCAAUUUGCCAGAGUACCAUCUGUCUUCCAAUCGACACGAUCCAGAAGCUGCCAACCCUGCCACUUUCAAGCUCGAGUUGAGGAAGGAGCAGAAGCGCUCCCUGGCCUGGAUGUUACAGCAGGAAGCGAAGGAGAUUGCGCCUUUCGUCGAAGAGGAGGUCAGCGAAGAUUCUCUGCCUGCUUUGGAGUGGUGUGCAGAAGGGCGUGCUAGACAGGCAAAGGUCAUCCGUGGAGGCGUCAUCGCCGACGCGGUCGGGUACGGCAAGACUGCCAUCUCCCUCGCUCUAAUCGCCACACAAAAGGACAAAGAGCGCAAAGAAGACAUCGAGGCGACUGCUACAAUUGACGAGGGCUUCAUCGGAACCAAAGCAACUCUGGUCAUCGUCCCGCCCCAGCUUUGCAAGCAGUGGGAGAACGAGGUGCACAAGUUCUUGGGCAAGUCACUCUCGGUCCACGUCAUCUUCAGCAAGGGUGACCUGAACAAGACCACCAUCGGCCAGCUGCAGCGCGUCGACGUUGUGAUUAUGUCUGUGUCUGUCUACAAAUCAGAUGCUUACUUCGGGACCCUGGCUGCAUUUGCUGCUGCCAACCCCAUUCCUAACCGGGAAGGUCGCUUCUUCGAGUCGGCUCUGACAAAGAGCGUCGCAGCUCUUCGCAAUCGCGUCAAGGAGCUCAAAGUGGGCGAUGGCGGCAAGUCUCUUUGGCGAAGCAUCAAAGACCGCGCCGAUUUUGAUCCUGCCCAUCUCACGACAUACAAGGCGAAGAAGAGAAUUGUUGGCGCGCAGUAUGCUCGGGAGAAGCGUCUGCAGGAUGACGCUGAGGACAUGGACGAUAUCGAGACUGCUGAAGAUGCUUGGGAGCAGAUCAAGAAGCAGCCCAUCUCAGACGUCUGGGGUCUCAAGAAAGGACUGAAGCGAUGGACCGACCUGACCUCACCGCCUCUUGAGGCUUUUGCCUGGCGACGAGUGGUCAUUGAUGAGUUCCAUUACAUUGCUGCAGAAGCCGGAAGGGUCUUCUCGGCGGUGCGAUCGCUCACUGCUCAGGCCACCUGGGUCCUCUCUGGAACACCCAAGACCAACGACUUCGCUGAUAUCCGCUCAAUGGCGGCAUUCCUCAACGUGCACUUGGGUGUCGAAGACGACGCUGACUAUACCGACGUGACAGCGCGAGGCAGAACCAGCCGCAACAAGAGUCGGUCAGACGUGGAGCGUUUCCGAAGCUUCGUCGAGGUGCACUCGCCUGCUUGGCACCAUCGCAGACAGGCCAUUGGCCAGACUUUCCUGGAUCGAUUCGUGCGUCAGAACAUUGCAGAGAUUGAUGAGAUCGCCAGCAUCGAGAUACUGAAGCCUGUGCGGAUGCCUGCUGCCGAGCGGGCCUGCUACCUCGAGCUGCAGCACACCAUCGAAGCGCUCGACCUUCGACACGCUCGUACCCUCUUCAGAGGUCCAGCCAAGGCUAAAGGGAUCACGAGCGAGAAUGACCGAGAUUACCGCCUAAGAACUACCUUGGGCGAGAGCUCCAGUCCAGAAGAAGCCCUCUCCCGUCAGGCUGCGCACUUUGUGCUGAGCUCGACUGAGAAGGCUCAGAAUGCCAUCGAGGCGUGCAAUCUGAUUGUGGAAGAGCGCGCUGAACAGCUAGCCCAAUGCAAGGAGGAGCUGGCAGCGAAGCUCAAGGUGGCCAAGGAGCAGCACUUUUUGGUUCUAAUGCACUACGGCUACCGAGACGACACGAAGCAGGCGCUGGUCACCUUUGCCAAAAACGCCAUCAGUGCGAAGUACGGAGACAAGGAAAGCAAGCAGGCUGUUGCCACCUUGUUGGAAGAGGCGGACUGUCUGGCGGCUGACCUGACGCUCGCAAAAGGCAAGCAGAUCUAUCCAAGAGAUCAGCUGAAAGAAGCUCUCAAGCGAAGAGCUGUCGCAUCCGCCAUCGCCGAGCUGCAAAAGCAAAAGACUUCGGCAGCAAAGCAGAGCAAGGCGAAGAAGGGCAAGAAGCCCUCAAGCUCUGACAGUGAAGAAGCAGAGAUGAGCGAUGACGGCGCUGCUGGCCCGAGCAAGGCGGACGUGGCUGCCGAGAAGAAGGUAGCCGCCAAAGCCAUCAAGGACAUGGAAGCGGAGCUCUCAGGCAAAGGCAAGAGCAAUGCAGAGGAAGUUCAGAAACAGGCCUGGGCGCAGGAGACACACAUCCGCGCCCUCGUCCAUCAGCUCGUGCAAUUGCGCAACGAGACGGCAGCCCGUCAGCGUUCUCUCCGCUACUUUGAGAAUAUCAGAGCUAUCCAGCUUCAGAAGGCAGGAGACGUUUCUGGAGAAUGUCCAGGCUGUAAGCAAGACCUCGUCUUCACCAAGCUCGCCCUUUCCUCCGUCUGCGGACACCUCUUCUGCAUCGAAUGUGGCCGCCGCGAGGCCUACAAGGGCAAGUGUCCCGAGUCGGGAUGCAAUGCCGAUGCCAAGCCUGGGUCCAUUGUCAGCGCUACGUCGCUCGGAGUGGAAAAUACCCAAGUGUCGGCCUUUGGCGAGAAGAUGUCUCAGCUUGCGCACCUGCUGCGAGAUCGCACCUUGAUCCCAGCAGGCGACAAGGUGAUCCUCUUUGUCCAAUUCGAAGGUCUGCUGGAGAAGACGGCACACGCCCUGACUUCGUACGGGAUCAAGUUCACCCGUGUCAAGGGGAAUGCAAGGAGUCGAUCCGAAACCCUCGACGCGUACCAGCGGGGAAACGCCCCACGCGUGCUCCUCCUGGACGUCGCCGACGAGUCUGCAGCAGGGUCUAACCUGACCAUUGCGAACCAUGUCAUCUUCCUCUCCUCGCUCGUGACAGAGGAUCAGACGACGUACCGCUCUACGCUUCAGCAAGCAAAGGGCCGAUGCUUGCGCUUCGGACAGACAAAAGAGGUGCACCUCUGGCACCUCCUCGCCAGGAGCACCAUUGACGAGGAGAUCUUCAAUACGCGGGAAGUCUCAAAGGCCGCCGGGGGCAAUCAACCCAACAACGGUAGCGGUACUGGAGCUACUACUCCCGUCAUCCAGUCCUUGGACGCUGCAUUGGAGGCUAGGAGCGAGCGGCAGAUACACCUGGGCAGACAGGUGGACACGCAGAUGGACAUGGAGGAGGAGGCGGCCAUUGAGAAACGUGGCGGCGGAGCGCGGGCAGGUCGCAGACCAUCGACGUCGGCUUCGGCGCCAGGCGCAGGUCCUCGAGAUGUGCCUGUGGUGGAUCUUGCUGAUGAUGAGUCGGAAGAGGAGCAUGGCACCAGAUUCGGCAGCAGGGGCAAGAAGAUCUGGGGAAAGAAGAAGGAAGAGAUGACGACAAUGAAGACGACGACGAAGGCCAAGGCUCCUUCUUCUUCUGCUGCUCCCAGGCGCAAGGUCAGCGGCGCAAAGACGCUCCACUAUGAUUCUGACGACGACGGUGAUGGUGACGACUAUGAAGGGGCGUACGUGUCUGCUGAUGACAUCGACAUGCUGUGAAUGGGGCGAUGGAGCGACACCCUUCUUUUCUGCCAAAAUUGUUUCUUCUAUUUGCAAACCAUUACCCAUACCGCCUUUUUGGUUCCUUUGUAUUCCUCUGUGCUGACUUCUAUACAAUAACGUUGCGAGUGUCCGUCUGAAGGUCAUCGGUGUAAGAAAGAGAGAGAGAGAGAGAGAGCGUGUGUGUGUGUGCAGCUAUGCGUCUCUCCCCUCCCUCCACGUUGGCUUUACGAGAGGAUACUCUUUGCUCCACCCGAGGAUACUUUUCCCUGAGCCCAUCGAUUUGACUUUUCAGCCAUCUCUACCGCGGCUGUUCCCCAAUCCUCUCCAUGGUUAUGUGCUCCCUCUCCAAUUCCAC